UGACCACGCAUGGCCUAUCAAGAUGAAAGACCUCGCGUAGUAGUAACUUGCCAAGAAGCAACUUCCGUAUUGCAAAGCAUUUUGGUACUUGUGUACACUUCCAAAUCAUUCUUCCACAUAACUAGCUAGUUUGUAGUUUUAGACCACCGAGCAGUUCUUUUGUGUCGUUUCCUCAAAUUAUAUCGAUAGUGUUCCACUGGUUUAUGAACAAGGCUGAAAUUAAACAAACAUCGGUAUGGCGGAGGGUGCCAGCGGUAACGCGGUGAAUCUUCCUCCCGGAGAUCCUCAGCUAAUCGGUCUCAUCGUGGAACAUCUCAAGAACCGAGGCUUGUUCGACGAGUUCCGCAGAGAUUGCCUGGCAGAUGUGGAUACAAAGCCUGCCUACCAGAAUCUGCGACAAAAAGUUGACAACUUUGUAUCCACUCAUUUGAGCACUCAAGAAUGGAACCCAUCAAUCAACAAAAAUCAAGUACGAAAUGGGCUAAGACAAAGCGUCGUGCAGUCAGGCAUGCUGGAGUCUGGAGUGGACAGAAUCAUCACCCAGGUGGUGGAUCCCAAAUUGAACCACACUUUCAGGCCCCACAUUGAGGAUGCCAUUCAUGACUUCCUGUCUGCUGAGAAGGAGGAGGGUCCAUCCAACACUCAAUCAGAGACUGAGCAACAAGAGGCUCCAAGCCACACUGGACCCAAAACGCCAUGAGGUCAGUCAGUACAGAGAAACGUUUUCUGCUGAAGGUAGAUGUUUUUUAGCGCUCCAUCAGGCUGGAUGGACAAGGACCUACUGUCUAGUAAUCAUGGAGCAAGAGGUUUGCACAACUCUUAGUCUUUCUUCAUGUGGAGAAACCAAGCCGUGGAUGUUAGCUGUCAUUGCUAACAGCUACCAAAUAAUGCCCAUGUCAAAGGGGAAUUGUGCAAAUGACACUGGUAUAGCACCCUCAAACUCAACUCUGGACCUCGAAGCCAGUUCCACUGCAUUUUUUCAUUGUUCCCCUCUCAGGGACUGAUUUUGACCUGAGACACCAGGUUGUGUGCAAUUCAUUAUCAGGUAGAAGAAAACCUGCAGGCAAUGGACCUCGUAGGCUAAGAGUUGAGUACCCCAGGUAUAGCACAUGGAAUUUUGUUUGUGGUUAUUGAAUUAAAGAGACUGGUAACUUUUUUUUUUUUUUUUAAGAGCAGGAAGUAGCCAUUUGUAAUGUUGGCUUACAGAUUUUGUUCCUCAGUUUGACACUUAUUGGUGAAUAUUGUAAAUGUCAUUCACCAAUAAAUGAAUGAUUUGGUUGAAAUGUG